ACUAUCCAUUCGGCAGUUGCACGGACGGAGUAUACCCAUCAUAACAUGAAGAUGCCCAAAGAUGCCUAUGCUUCGAUCAACAUGCCUCGUGUAUCUCAAAAUUGUGCCACUUCCUCCAAAAGGUCUCCUUAGACACUGAAACGACAUGUUCAUCGAUUCCAUAUUGGCUCCGUGGAGAGACCAUCCAUACGUGUUUGUGUGUUGGGCGCUCGUCGUCCUUGUCGCCGGCCGAGCUCUCUUCAACAGAUAUGGCCGUGGCAUUUCACACAUUCCCGGUCCGUUACUGGCCUCAUGUACUGACCUUUGGCGCGUCUUUGUGGUAUGGCGCCGCCGGCCCGAACUCGAGCACAUCAGACUGCAUCAGAUACACGGCUCUUUGGUCCGUCUGGGGCCCCGAGCCAUCUCGAUAUCGGAUCCCGCCGCGAUUCAGGUCAUAUAUGCCUUGAACUCUGGCUUUGUCAAGUCCGAGUUUUACCCUGUGCAGCAGACAAUCGCAAAGGGCCGUCGCCUGUUUACCUUGUUUACCUCCACCGAGGAAGCCUUCCACGCCAAAUUGAGGAGGGCCGUCUCCAAUGCCUACGCUAUGAGCACCUUGGUACAAUUCGAACCACUCGUCGAUACCACCACACUGGAGUUCCUCAAUCAAUUGGAGAAAAGGUUUGCCAAUAAACCCGGAGCGGACGGAGUAUGCGAUUUCGGCAAUUGGCUGCAAUACUAUGCCUUUGACGUGAUAGGCGAGCUCACAUUCUCAAAGCGCAUUGGCUUUAUGGACAAUGGAGGUGACGUGGACCAUAUCAUUGGCGAUCUCCAAUGGCUGCUGAAUUACGCCGCUGUGGUCGGCCAGCUUCCGAUCCUGGAUAGCCUACUUCUCAAAAAUCCCAUCCGCCUGACGGCUAGUAGAUACAAUCUGCUGAACGCCAAUUCACCUGUGGCCAACUUCGCCAGAGCGCGUAUUGCCAGCCGGCCGGACGUAGCGGAAGGCCGUGAAAAGAUACCCGAAGCCUCCAACGGUAAACCAGGACGCCGGGACUUCUUGUCCAGGUUUUACGAGGCUCACAGAAAGGACCCCGAAUUCAUGACGCACGAGAGAGUUCUUGCUGUGACAGUGGCCAACAUGUUUGCGGGUUCGGAUACGACAGCCAUAACCCUACGUGCGCUCUUUUACAAUCUGUUGAGACACCCGGACGACAUGAAAAGCCUCAUGGCAGAGUUAUGGGCACAGAAAGAUCAGGGUGUGUUUCAGAACGCGGAGGGCCUAGUGGAUUGGAAUGAUGUCCGGGAGCUCCCGUUCCUCAGCGCGGUGAUCAAGGAGACAUUGCGGUGUCAUCCUGCAGCAGGCCUCACGCUAGAGCGCAUCGUUCCUGCUGGAGGAGUGACCCUGUGUGGAGAAUUCAUUCCUGCUGGGACAAUCGUGGGCUGCAACGCCUGGACGGUUCACCGAGAUUCUCUCUUCGGAGAAUGCACAGAAGAGUUCCGGCCUCAACGAUGGCUGGACGCUUCGCUCGAGCAAAGACGACUGAUGGAAAACUCUAUCCUCUCGUUUGGGGCAGGGGCAAGGACAUGCAUUGGCAAGAAUAUCAGCUUGUUGGAGAUAUACAAACUGGUGCCUGCUGUUUUGAUGAGAUUCGAGCUCGAAUUGGCAGAUCCAUCAAAGCCUUGGAAAUUGCACAAUGCAUGGUUCAUCAAGCAGGAAGGCUUCGAGGUGAGACUCAAGACCAGAAACACAAAGGCAUACCUAGCUCGCUAGGUAGAUAGAAAUCUGUCUUAUCGGCC